UUGGACCAUGGGCAGUCACGUGGUGCAGUGCAGUCAGUCGCUGUGCCUGGAGCCAGCGCUGAGUGGAGCCUGUCUGCCAACAGCUUCAGCAGCGGCUCUAUCUGGACCUUACUACACUCACUGACAAUUAAAGGAGGCCCGUUUUUCUUCCAUUUUCAAGGAAUACUCUUCACCAUGGGCGACAAAAAGAGCCCUACCAGGCCAAAAAGACAAGCCAAACAGAACGCAGACGACGGCUACUGGGACUGUAGCGUGUGCACCUUCAGAAACACCGCCGAGGCUUUUAAAUGCAGCAUCUGCGACGUGAGGAAGGGCACUUCCACAAGGAAACCCAGGAUCAACUCCCAGCUGGUUGCCCAGCAGGCGGCUCAGCAGUACUCGAUGCCUCCACCACCGAAGAAGGAGCGGAGGGAGAGGAGUGAGCGCCCAGAGAAGGAGCGUCCAGAUGGAGAAGGAGAGCGAGCCAACGGUGUAGGACGCCCCGAUGUCGAGCGCCCCGAUGUCGAGCGCCCUGACAUCGAGCGCCCAGAGGGAGUGCGGUCAGAAGCAGACCCCCCUGAGAAAGACAAAAUCGAGAAAGAACUGCCAAUCAAAGACAAACCUGACGGAGAGAAGGAGAUCAGCCCAGCCAUCACAAAGAAGCCCAGCAGCAAAAAGACCCGACCAAAGUCAGAAAACCAUCAGAGCCCCCCUAGUGACAAACACAGCAUACAGUCUGGCAAAUCGGUGACCAAGACCAACAACAAGAACUCUCACAUUUCCAGACCAAAACUGAAGAACAUUGACAGAAGCACCGCCCAGCAGUUGGCCAUCACUGUGGGAAACGUGACAGUUAUCAUAACAGACUUUAAGGAGAAGACCCGAUCUUCCUCCACUUCCUCGUCCACCAUCACGUCCAGUGCGGGCUCCGAACAGCAGCACCAGAGCUCUGGCUCAGAGAGCAUGGACAAGGGCUCGUCACGCGCCUCCACGCCUAAAGGAGAUCUCUCCGUGGGGCACGACGAGUCGUUCUGAAGGUCUUGCCUAUUGUUUUUUUUUGUCACCUCCUUGUCCUGUCCUGACCUUGCUCCAGUUCCAGACCCCCGCCCGUUCCCUCUCACAUGUUUUUGGACACUAUGGAUCCCUCUAAGGGAGAGACUUUUUCACCCUGCCCACUGCUGCCCUGCCUCCAUUCCGUGAGCCGCCCCUGGAUGCUGAGAGGAUCAGUGUGAAUAAAACAGCCUUUCUUGGAGGAACCUACCUUGCACCGUUGGCACAGAAGAGGAGAGUUUGGGCUGCAAAGAGUAAACGCCCCCCCUCCCCUUCCACCUCAUCUCAACCUCACCCUGCGGUAGCUUCCAGACACUUGUAUGUAUUGUUUUAUAUUUGUAUGUGGAUGUGAGGCCAAGUCAACCUUUUUCUUUUUCUAAAGAGGAAUUCUUCCCUGGGCACAAUAUCCACCGGCAUAUUAAUAACUUUAAACUAUUAUUAUACAAUUAUUUAUUACCUGUUGCACCUGUAUACUUUGGUCUUCUUCUUCUUUAUGUUGAAGCUUUGCUGCGUAGCUCUGCCCAUUGGUUGUUUGUUCAGUGUUUUUACUACAGUUUGAAAAUGAAAGGACAAGACUCGAGGCACAGACAAUGUUUUUUUUGUUUUGUUUUUUUUCUCUUUUACACAUAUUGGUGCUAGAUACACUGUGAAGCGGAUUAGCAGAUCUGGAAUUGCCCAUUCAGCUAAUGUGACAAAGUGCUGGUGAAUUGAAUUCACUAUCUGUCUCACUCUCAACACUGGCGCGUGGACCUCCGUGGGGUCCGCAGGCUCCUCCUGUACUGGUCAGUGAGCAUCAGAAGAAGAAUCUCAUGGCAGAGCUUUCAGCUCCUCUGUCAAUCAUUUACAAUACUAUAGCAGAAUCUCUAUCCUCUCUCUCCCUAACUGCACAGUAUAGGCGGUUGUGUUAAACACUAAAAAAGCUGGUGAUAUUUUCUGCAUUCCAUUCCUAAAAUGUUGAGUUUGUGGCUUCGGCUGAAGGUAGAGCUCUUAUCAUGUGAGCUGAGCUUCUCUUUUGUUUGUUUGUUUGUUUUGUUUUGUUGUGACUGAAGGAUGGUAACAUACAGUUACAUAUGGUGAAACCAUAUUCGAACUGUAAAGAGAAUCUCAACUUUUUGUGUCGAGGCAUUUGUGAAUCUUUUUUUUUUUAUUUUGUUUUUAUUUUCCCAUUUCCUUUCGCUGUGGCCCUGAAGACGAUUAUUUCAAUCUUCAAUCACCCUCCCAACCUGAGUUCCCCACAAUCUAAGUGCAAGGAUGUGUACAAGUUGCAAAGAGUGACAAUUCAAUUGACCAUUUUUUAAAUUAUUUUUUAAGACUCCUGCCAUUGAAGGUAAAAAAAGAAAGCGUAUCAAAUGGAACGAAACUGCUCUUUUCAAUUGUUUUGAACAGAUAGAUUUAUUUAAAAGGGUUUUAAUUCACCCAAGCCCAUACCAGACCAACUUAAAAUUUCCUCUUCUUCUGUAUGAAUUGUAUAAAGAAUAAAUGUGUAUAUGAUAUCUUAGUUUUAUUUAUUGAAGGACCAAAGGAAUUUCAUGACGUGAUGCAUAGACAGAUGAAUAACAAUUUGAAAAUGCAAAUAUCUUAUGUGUGAGAUGAAUAACAGUUUAAAUAAAGACUAAUAUAAUCCAUGUAAAUGGUGUUCUUAUUGUCCACUCAUGGUCUCUGUGCUCGGCUGGAUCUGGACAGAGAGUUGUCAGAGCUCCACCCGGUCCCCACUUUUGAAUGUGGUACAAAGAAGCGGGCCAGGUGAGAGGAGGUCCAGGUUUUCUAAGGCUUAACCUUGGUCUUAGAAAACCUGCUUUUGACUUUGCUGCUCCGCAUCAGUCCAAUCCAGUCCAGUUCAGUUCAGUCCAGCUGCCCCACUGACCUUAGGCUAAGCCUCCCUGGAGCAGAGCAAAAACCAGGUUAGGCGAGGUUACAGUGUCCAGGGUGAGAUCCACCUGUGUUCUGUAAGAAGAUGUUCACUUCCAGGAAAUGACGUGUUCAAAGCCUUUGUUCUGUUCUUCCGAAGCUUAUUGUUAUCUUGUAAUUAUGUACAUUACUGCAUACAAAUAUGUAAUCAGUGUUGAAAGUGAGGAGAAGUGUUGUGAAUAAGGGACCGGUGGGAGUGCCGGAGGGGAUGCGAGGGAGGGUGACGGGGCGGCGACGUGUUCAGUCUGAUUUUUACUAAGAAUUCAAACCUGCUUUGUAAUGCAACCUGUUAGAAAAUGGGCCCAAGAAGCCAUCUUUGUUCACCUGCCUUAUCUGCAACCAUUCACUGACUGAGUACUGCAACAGAAAGGAUUCAUGGGUAAAUUAUUAUUGAGCAAUGGCCAUUUGCUGGGAAUAUGAAUUUUGCUUGUAAAUAGAAUUUUAAAAGUGUAAAAGCAAACACUAUGAAUGAUAGCAUUGGAGCUGAAGUCUUUUUUGUUUCUUGUUUCCUUUUCCGCGCAAGCAGUUCUGUUCUUGUGUGCGACCAGUAACCUUAAUUUACUGUGUAAAGAUGGUUACAUUUUUUAGCUUUGUUUGUCACAGACCCAAAUAUUAAAUGCUUGUUUUAAAUGACUGUAUAAUCUUAACCGUGAAUUUCCAUUUAAGUGUAUUAUACAAACUCAUUUCCUUCUAUAACAAUGUCUUGUACAAUGCUUUUAAAGUAAAUGCUCUGUUUUAAAAAAUGAAAAACAAAAAAAAGUUGUAGAGACAGUACAAUAAUCCAUUUUUUUUUUGUUUAAUCCAGUUUUGUUUUUUUCUCCUUUUGUUUGUUUUUUGUUUAUGUUAACUUAUAGCUGAUGUGUCAUUGUUUCCCCUUGUGAAAUGGUCACAUUCUGUUCCUGGUGUACGCAGCAUUUUCAGCAGAUCAAAGCUCCAUGUCUUAGCUUCUAAUGUUGAAAUAAUACAUGUUUCUGGCAUGUGCACGACUUUGCGCUAAUAGGCUAACCUGAUCAUUUCCCUCUGCUUCAAAUAGAAAUGUCUAUUUAUGAAUUUUGCUUGUAGUUUUUCACAAAUAAAAUUGUUAAUGUUAUCUA